AAUGUCAAUUCAAUUACAAAUUGUCAGUCAAAAAAGUAUAAAAUUGAAAAAAAUAGAAAAGUUCAAUUAGUUGCGAAAAUAACUUGAAGAGAAUACGUAAAAUAAAUAUUUAUCUGAAUAUUUCAGUUAGUUAUUUAAUCAAUUGAGUAAAUUAUUAUUAUAAAAAAUGUUCUCACGAGCAAUUCGUCGAUCGCUUCCGUCAUCUAUUCAAAUACGGAGGACGGCGGGAACUACAAAUCUAAGAAAAUAUAUAACCUUACAUGUUCGUCAUGCUCCUCCAGUAACUCAUAUUCCUAUUAUCGAUAACUCGGUUCGAUCAUACUCAGUGCAAGUAAAUCUUGACGAAUUAACAGCUGAUUAUGACUAUGUAAAGAAAGCCACCAAAAAUACUGGUAUCUUAAUAGUUGAUGUGCGAGAACCUGAUGAAGUUAAGGAACAUGGCAAGAUACCCAAUAGUGUCAACAUCCCAUUGGGCAAUGUAUCAACUGUACUAGGAACAAUGCCUGAGAAAGAUUUCCAGGACACAUACCAAAGGGCAAAGCCUGCUGAGAAUACAGAGAUCAUAUUCUAUUGCAUGAUUGGCAAGAGGUCUGCCAAGGCACAACAGAAUGCUAUCAAUUUAGGAUAUAAAAACACAAAGAAUUAUCUCGGUAGUUGGAAUGACUGGGCAAGCAAAAUGCAAUAACUUUGUAAUUUUACAACAAUGAAUAGAAUGUCCUUGCAUCUGUCUGCACAAACUAUUGUCUUAGUGAAAUAUAUCAUGUUUUGUAGUUGUCUUGUCAAAUAAAUACUUUUCAUUUA